AUGGAUGUCAUGGCACAAACCCUCGACCGCUGCCUCGAGGCGGCGGGCAUGGACGCCGUGGAUGCGCUGCGCAGCUUCUUCGUCCUCGCGGCGGCAACAACCAUCUCCGUCAGCAUCCCAUCCUCCCUCCGCUCCCGCUUCCUCGUCUAUGGCCCGCGCGCAAAGACCAAGACCACUCCCACCUCCCGACCCUCGACAGGUCUCCUGGACUACCUCGCAACAUGGCGGGUGCCGCACAGCUACUUCGCCCAAUUCUACAUCGCGUCCCUCCUCUCCUCCCUAUUCUGGGCCUGGCAGGUUCUCACCAAAGGCACCGCAUUUCUCGCCAUCGCGUCACGCGUGAGCCCGGAGCACCUGGCGCAGUCCAUGUCCGUUCACCAGGUCGUGGUAUGCUGGAUCCUCAUCACCCUUCAGGGCGCACGACGGGUGUGGGAAUCAUACGCCUUCUCAAAGCCCUCCUCGUCGCAGAUGUGGGUCGUGCACUGGAUCCUAGGGAUUUGUUUCUAUCUCGCAACCGCCCUAGCAUUCUGGAUCGAAGGCUCGGGCCAACUGCUUUUCCAUGACAUCUCCGCAUCCCACUUCAAUCUAACCAUCGCCCCGACCCUGCGCACGUUCAUCUGCGUCCCUCUCUUCCUCAUGGCUUCCGGCAUCCAGCAUGAUUGCCACCACUACCUCUCCACCUUGAAGACGUACGCCGUCCCCGAUGAUCACCCCAUGUUCCGCGGCGUGGUCUGCCCGCACUACGGCGCUGAAUGCCUGAUCUACCUUUCGCUGGCAAUACUGGCUGCGCCGCCAGGCCAAUUGGCGAACAAGACGCUGUUGGCGUGUUGGGGUUUCGUGGUUGUCAAUCUCGGCAUCACGGCCAAAACGACUAAACUGUGGUACAUAGAGACUUUCGGGGCGGAGGUCGUGCAGGGUUGGUGGCUUAUGAUCCCGUUCGUCUAUUAG